AUGGAAAAGAAUGUCCAUGAAUCCUCCUCCAGUUUUCCACCAUCCCCACAAUCAUCACCCAUCCUUGAUAUCCCUUCUGAGCCAAAUGUUCCUAAAUCCCCUGAACCAAAUGAACAAAUGGAACCACAACCUUCUGUGGUUGCUAUAGUUAAUGGUGUUGAGGGGGUUGAACCAAGCUCAAAGGAAGAGGCUAAUCCAACCAUGGAGUUUCCUAUCCCAUCCAGUGAUAACCUGCAGGAAAGGGAGGACUUUCCAAAGCCCGUAAUCUUGAUUGUUCCUGCUGGCAUGGAUGUUGUGAACACCAUCCUUGAGUUUGCUCGUGACCGAGAUGUCAACAUCUUGGUGCACCAUGCUUCAGGUGUCAUAUCUGAGGUUCAUAUCAGUAACCCUUUAUCCCAUGCCAAUGAUUAUACCUUUCAAGGAAACAUGCACAUGUUUUACCUCUCAGGUGUUUACACAAAAUGCCUUUCACCUUUACCCCCAAACAACACUCCCUUUUCCUUCUUCAACAUUCAAUUCUCCAGGGGAGAGGCCCCUGAAGUCUAUGGUGGUCUUGUUGGACACAAACUCAUUGCUGCAGAAACUGUGCAAGUCACAGCUUCUCUCUUCAAGGGGCAUGAAUACUAUGAGUACCAUGAAGUGGUGUCUCCUUUCACUUAUCCAGAUGUUCAACCUGACAUUGAAACUGAUGAUCUUGAUGACACCACCACCACCAACAACACAGUUGAUCAACCUUGUUUCCCUUGA